AUGACCGCCGUUUGGGACCCCGAUCGAGUCCUCAACGUCCGCGGCCGCGGCAUCUACCAGAAUGGCAUCCAAUGCAACGGAGCCAACGGCGGCUACGGGCCACGAUGUGGGUGGACAAAGGGUCGGCGCCUCGACGAGGCACCAGAUGUGCGGCGUGCCGAAGCGCUCCUGCACUCCCUGGCUGCCCGCCCGCCUACCAACAUCAGCAUGGACACCCUCGAAGAGCUCGCCUGGCUGUGUCUUUGCCGUGACCACCAUCAGGAUCAAAUGAGGUUGAUCGCGCAGAAGUGGGACCGAUUGGUCCGCAGUGCUGCUGCUAAGUACGUUCCGCCUGCUCCGGUCCCGGUCCCGGCCCCGGCCCCGGCCCCGGCUCCCGGGCCUACACCGACCCCAGCGUGGGCGCCCCUGGUGCCAGCCUCGGCCACAUCACCAGCCACAGUCCCUGCACCAGUCGUUACAUUCGACUCAUUGCAAUGGAAAUCUGCCGACUGGCAGAGCGUGCUCGUCCCUCUUACCAGCUCAACCGCGCAAGUCAAGUCCCCCAGCACAACAACGCCAGCCAAGACUCCCAGCCCGCCACCCACCCAACCCGCUAUUCAAACCGCAGAGAAACCACGCCACGAACGAAUACAGCACGCCAAUGCCCCAACCAAACCCACCACACGUGCCCGUUCCCCAUCCCGUGAGCGCACCAACUCCGAACUCCAAGCAGCCCUGGUCAAGCUCUCCGCGCUGCAAAUCCAAAACACCGAGCUUCGCGACCAAGAACAGCGUCUCAAGGUCCUGGAGAAGGAGUACGCAGACUUCAAACAGAGCACCACCACCGAGUUGGCCGGUGCGCAGGUCAAGAUUGUCACGCUGGAGAAGGAGAACAAGAACUUCCGCGAGGAAGCCGAUCGGCUGCAGGCGCUUGAGGCGGAGUAUUCGCAGUCGAGCCAGGAGUCAAAUGAUGCGUUGGUUUGGUCGCAGGAUCAGCUGUCGACGUUGCAGACGCAGCAUACUGAUUUGAGUGAGGAGCAUGAGACUUUAGCGGCGGAGUAUGCGGCGUUGAAGGAGCAGGCUGCUGCCCAAGCGGAAGAACACGAGAAAGCACUGCGAUCACAGGCCGAAGCUGUCGAGAUAGAGCGUGCCGAGGCUCUCGCAAAGGCUGAACGGGUCUACACCGAAAAGGCGCUGGCCUUGGCAGACCUGCAGUCGGAGUACCAUGGCCUGCAAAACCGCGCUGCGCUGACCACGAUCAGCUUGCAAGCACAAACGGCUGCAGUUCUCAAACUUCAAGCCGAGUACGAUACCCUCCAGUCGGAACACACAAGUCUCAAGAGCAAGUAUGCCGCCCUGCGUUCCGGAUACACCGGCCUCGAAGGACGACACCUGGCCCUCGAGGCCUCCCACGCCGGGUGUUUGGCGGAAACCCAUAUGCAAGCCGCAAACAUGAUCCUCUUGCAGGACCAAAUCGCCGCGCUCUCUCACUCUGAAGCCCAGCUACGCGCCGAGGCCCAGCAGCGCGAUGUCACGCUGCAAGAUACCCGCGAUAAGUUGGGGUAUGCCCUGCGUUUGGCGGACGAGGUUGUAUCUGUUAGCUUUGCUGCUGCAGGGCGCAGAAACACCAAGUUCCAGGGCCGGGCCAGUCGGUUGGUGAAGAAAGCUGGGGCGCGGACGGUCGGGAAGGUGAAGGAUCUUGGGAGAUCGAAGGGGAGGACAAAUAAGGAGUCGAGAGGCGUGGUAGCGGUGAAUGAAAAGGUCCGUGACGGGAGUAGCACGGGAAGUAAUCCGGAUCUUCACGGCCGCCAAACGAGCCCGGUUCGCACAACUGCGAAUGUGGGGGUCCUUCCGGCGAGAUCGAAGAGAUCAGUGUUGGGCGGCGUACAAGGCUGGUUGAAGAAAUUAGGGCCUCGGUCUUGA